UGGGGCUGCUCAGCGGGGGCGUGAGCCGCGGCGCGGAGGGGCGCUCGGGGCGCUCGCGAGCCCACUGUUCGCAGCGGCGCCAGCGGGCCCUCCCGUAGGCGUCGGCCGCCGCGAUGUCUGCUCGGUGCUGUGCUGGUCAGCUGGCCUGCUGCUGUGGGACUGCAGGCUGCUCCCUGUGCUGCGACUGCUGCCCCAAGAUCCGACAGUCCCGGAGCACACGCUGCAUGUACGCCCUCUACUUCAUCCUGGUUGUUGGCCUCUGCUGCAUCAUGAUGUCCAAAACCGUGGCUAAGGAGAUGAGAGAGCACAUUCCUUUUUUUGAAGAUAUGUGUAAAGGCAUUAAGGCUGGUGACAGCUGCGAGAAUCUGGUGGGCUAUUCAGCGGUGUAUAGAGUCUGUUUUGGAAUGGCUUGUUUCUUCUUCAUCUUCUGUCUGCUGACCUUGAAAAUCUCCAACAGCAAAAGUUGUAGAGCUCAGAUUCACAAUGGGUUUUGGUUCUUUAAACUCCUGCUGUUGGCGGCUCUGUGCUCAGGAGCUUUCUUCAUUCCAGAUCAGGAGACCUUUCUGAACGCCUGGCUCUACGUGGGAGCCGUGGGAGGCUUUCUCUUUAUAGGCAUUCAGCUCUUCCUGCUCGUGGAAUUUGCACAUAAGUGGAACAAGAACUGGACUGCAGGCACAGCCAGUAACAAGCUGUGGUACGCCUCUCUGGCCCUGGCGACCCUCAUCAUGUAUUCCAUUGCUGCUGCAGGCUUGAUUUCGAUGGCAAUUUUUUAUACACAAAAAGUCGGCUGCCUGGAAAACAAAAUUCUCCUGGGAAUCAAUGGAGGCCUGUGUCUGCUUAUCUCAAUAGUAGCCAUCUCACCUUCAGUCCUAGAGCGACAGCCACACUCGGGGCUCCUGCAGUCAGGGCUCAUAAGCUGUUACGUCACCUACCUCACUUUCUCGGCUCUGACCAGCAAACCUGUAGACUUAGUUCUAGAUGAACAUGGGAAGAAUGUUACAAUCUGUGUGCCCAACUUUGGUCAAGACUUAUACAGAGAUGAAAACUUGGUCACUGGGCUGGGUACUUUCCUCUUGCUUGGAUGCAUCUUGUAUUCAUGUUUGACGUCAACAACAAGAUCAAGUUCUGAUGCUCUGCAGGGGCGAUGUGCAGACCCUGAACUGGAAGUAGCUCGGUGUUGUUUUUGCUUUGGUCCAGAUGGGGAGGACACUGACGACGAGCAGCAGGCAAAGGACGGACCAAGGGUCAUUUAUGAUGAGAAGAAAGGCACCGUCUAUAACUAUUCCUACUUCCACUUCAUGUUCUUCUUGGCUUCCCUCUACGUGAUGGUGACCAUCACCAGCUGGUUCAACUAUGAAAGUGCCCACCUGGAAGCCUUCUUCAGCGGGAACAGGUCCAUCUUCUGGGUCAAGAUGGCCUCCUGCUGGAUAUGUGUGCUGCUGUACCUGGGGACACUGCUCAUCCCUCUCUGCCGCCCUGCUCCGCAUUACUCUGUGUGAGGAUAUCAGCUGUGCCCUUGGCUCAGUAGGCCUGCAGCCCAGAAGUGCCAUCCUUUGAACAGUGUCCCAGGGGUUCCAGCAGUGAUGGUCCCCAGUGCUUGAGUGGGUCUGAAAAGGCUUUCAGAAAAAAAAUCUGAUUAGGUUUUUAAUUUUUAAAUUUGAAAAGAAGCUAUCAGUUUGCCCCAAAGGAUUUGAAAUGUUCAACCAGACUGAUCGUAGGUGAUAAUAUAUAUUUUUAUUUGUCUUACUGCUGGGAACCAGAUCGUAGUUAAUGUUGUGAUAUUUUCCUUCUACAUGGUUUUUUUUUUUUUUUUUUUUUUUUUGC